CGCGUCACUGUGGUUAUAACGGGUAGCGCGAGACGGGAAUGAAAGUAAAGUGCACGCAUCUCGGAGCCCAGCGGAUGUUACACCCAGCUCGCGCAAUGGAAUUGCCUUACUGCCCCUUUUAUCAGUUCUUUAGUUGCCUUUCUUUUUCCUUUUAAUUUUGACUUCCUGGGCAUCUUCUCCUCCCGGUGUUCCACUAUCCUCCUCCUCAUCAUCAUCAUCUUCACAAUCUUUUUUUUUUCCUUUCUCUCUCUCUCUCCAUCAUCUCGCGCCUGCUUGCUCUUCGGUUCCGGGUGGAUCCGGUGCAGUCGCGCGACUCUCGCCAGCGCUUAAUGGGUCGCGGAGAAUGGCCCCGUUCCGGCCUGUGAGUUGGCCUCAGUCGGUCUACAGGGGGGAAAACUGAGAUGGGUUUCGCGGCGGUUUCGGCCACAGCGGAGCCUCGGCGCUCAUGGAGCCGCGCUGCCAGAGACUGGCUGUGGGUCGCUGUGGUGUCACUCCUCGCUACUUUCCCCGUGCAGCGCCUCCGCGCUUUCCCGUCUUCCCUCAGCGACUGCCAGACGCCCACCGGGUGGAACUGCUCGGGUGACGAUGAUCGGGACACAGAUCUCUUCUUGUGUGACACCAACACUUGUAAGUUUGAUGGCGAGUGUCUCAGAAUCGGGGACAUAAUAACCUGCAUCUGUGACUUCAAGUGUAACAACGACUAUGCCCCAGUGUGCGGCUCCAAUAACAAGUUCUACAAUAACGAGUGUUUGCUCCGGAGGGACGCCUGCAAACAGCAGACCGAGAUCCUGGUGGUGUCUGAGGGACCCUGUCCUAUCGAGGCUGGAUCUGGAUCUGGGGAUGAAGCAGGGAACGAGGGCUCGGCUGAGAAUGGACAGAAGGAGACUUCCACCUGCGAUAUCUGCCAGUUCGGGGCCGAGUGUGACGUGGACGCAGAGGAUGUAUGGUGUGUGUGCAACAUCGACUGUUCCCACAUAAGCUUCAACCCGGUGUGUGCGUCAGAUGGCCGCUCGUACGACAACCCGUGCCAAGUGAAAGAAGCCUCGUGUCAAAGGCAGGAGCGCAUCGAGGUCAAGUUCCUGGGUCACUGUCAAGGUGAUAUGAUAACAGGAAACAAACCCGGAGAUGGACACUACGCCAGAGCCGACUUGCCAGAGGAGAAGCCAGAAGUGUCAGAGGUGGCACGAGGAAUUUACAUCCCUUGUCCCGAGCACUACAAGAACUACUGCGUACAUGGAGACUGUGAAUACCCCAACAUGCUCUCCACACCAUCGUGCAGUUGUCACUCAGGCUUCAGCGGCCCACAGUGUGACACCAAGGAGUACAACGUGCUGUAUGUGGUGCCAGGUUCUGGAAAAGUCCGAUACGUCCUCAUCGCCUCCAUCAUCGGAGCCCUGCAGGUCGCCAUCAUCUGUGUGGUGGUGCUGUGUAUCACCCGGAAGUGCCCACGGACUAACCGUAUCAACCGUCAAAAGCAAAACGUCACGCACUACAACUCGGAGAACACCCUGCGCGCCUCCACCCGCCUCAUCUAAGUGUCGGGAGAAGCCUCACAGUCGUGGGAUAUGUAGUAACAAGAGAUUAAAGAUACAAAAACAGCCACUCCCUCCUGCCUCCUGGUGCAACAAGAUGGACCAUACCGGACCGUACUACUAGACAGCGGGGAGGGGGUGAUGGUGGGGUUGUAGGUGAGGCUGAGGGGGGUGACACCCGGUGCCUUCUACCUGUGGCACAGGACACAAACUGAGAGGAUCUUAGGACAUUACAUUAGGACAAGUCCUACUAUUUGGUUAUGUAUGGGUAAUAUUUCCACUAGUUUCUUUGUUUUGUCUUGGUGGGGUCUUUUUCUGUAAAUGUAAAUAAAUAAUUUAUAUCACAAAACAGAUAAUAGCAUGCAACUGUAUUUUUAUGGUGGUUGCCAAUUUGGCAAGAAUAGGGGUUCUUAAAUUUUUUUAUAGACAACACUACAUAUGUGGGUUAAUGUAAAUUUUAGAUUAAUGAUUUUGCUAUGAACACCCUCUCACAGCCUGAUAUUCGUUAUAUGUUACACCUGUUCUGACCACUAGGGGGUAGAUUUGUGCAAAAUAAUGUAACUUCUUGUGCCUUAGAUCAGAGCUUAUCAGAACUGACCCAUUAAAUGCAAUUACAGUUGUAACAUCA